AGAAUGUGAUACUUUACUGGGUUUGGUGCACGAUGAUGGUGAUGUGUUGGAGCUGAUGCUGACGUAGACAGACGAAACCCCGGGGGAAUAACCCAAAGACUCCGCGUGUCUGUCCAAUGGCGGACGACACCGAGUUGGAAACGCUGCUCAGUCUGCCGCCGCGAGCCAAGGAUCUGAGUCGGAGCUCCGAAGUGCUUUUGGGUCACGGCAGCAAAUCAGCGUCCAACGUGACCACCACCGUCUCCAGUAGUAGUGGUGGUGGUGUCAAGGUGCACACGGUGCAGCACCACCCGCGGUCUGGCACUUUGCUCACGAGCCACAAAUUCUCUUUUCCAACGUCGCCGUCGAGGACGCCGUUGUUUUCCGACGCGUCGAGUCCGCCGGUCGAUCCGGCGCCGAUACAUCGUCAAAUGCCGAGUCCGCACCGGCUCAAGAACAACCACAACGAAGAUCCCAGUACGAGUCACCAAGUGCCGAGAAUAAAUACGACUCAGAGGAAAGUUUCAUCACCGGUUGUUUGCGAAAUGAGCGUCACUGUUGCUGGGGAGUUGAAUGAGACGCCGCCGCGGUGGAAGCCGACGGCGGCGUCGUCGUCGUUGGCGGCGCGGAAGCAGUCGUCGUCGCAGGUGGCGCCGAUUCGGGAUUGUUUCGUUUCGCCGCCGCCGACGUCGCAAGCGGCGUCUCCGUCAUCGCAUCCUCUUUCUCUCCAACACGCGUUCCUCACAGAUGUCAACGACGUCAAGACGAUGGAGCGCAACUUGCUCAAGUUGCUCGACGAUUUUCAUUCGGGCAAACUGCUCGCCUUUGGUCAAAACGACAACAUUUCAAGAAUGGAGACGAUCCGGAAGCAGCAGGAGCAGUUGGCACGAUUGCAUUUCGACGUCGGCGCCGAGCUGUCCAACGAUGCCAAAGACUCGGCGGCUGCUGGCCUUCUUAGUCAGCAACGCCUGGAGAAGUCCAAGCAGAACAUGCAAAAAUUCACUGACUCGCUCAAACAACUGAGCAUCAGUAUUGAAGGACUGAAUUCGAAAAAGGAAGCUGAAGAAUCGGCCAAAUCCGACGCUACGUAGCGCCAAAAAAAAAAAAAUGAAAAUAGAAAAGGAAGAAAAAUCGACACUUCCUCCAUCUAUGCGUCUCUCUCUCUUCGCGAUUGCUUUAAAAAGGCCCACCGAUUCGGGAGACUGCUUGCUGUGUCCCACACGUGGUUUUUUGAAUGGAUGCUCAAAAUAUUGUAUGCUGCAUUCGUUGCUCUCUUUUUUUUUGGCUUGUUGAUUUUAAUUUGUGAUACAAGACUGGGGGUGUUGGGAAGGGGGUCAAUGUUUCGCUCUCCCGUAAAAUGUUUGCUCCUCGGAAAAAAGGAAAACGUCACGUCAUCAUAUAUGUGUGUGUGCUCCGUUUAGGCUCCCAUUUGACAGAACGUAGCUGUGCAUUUGUGGGCUUGCUUGUGAAAGGGAAUCCUUUUUGGCAAAUGGAUAUUUGGGAAACGAAACGAAAGUGAAGCGAGAUGAUUAUUGCGGGAGUUUUUCUGUUUAAUGAUUCGUCCAUUUAUUCGUUCGGUCUGGCA